UGCCAACAAAAAUAAAAAAAAAUCAACUUUAACUAUUUAAAACUUGCAGUCUGCAAAAUAUUUGGUAGUUGUAAAUAAGUGUGUGCUUAAUUGCUGGUAUCGUGGGUUGCGCAUGCGCCACUUGCUUGGCCCCAAUCCGUCCGCCUGGCCAUCGUAAUCGUUGACACCCAUUUGUGCCCCACACCCCGUUUCCAAUGCUCAUUUACAUUUGCGUUCGCAUCGGGGCCAUGCGUUGAAGGCGCAAUGCUGCUCAGCGAGCUGCACUUCUGGACAACGCUGCGCGAUGAGGUGCGCAUCAAGAGCAGCGAUUUGGGUGCCUUUCGCUAUAAGCGCCAGCGUGAUCUCUCCCAGGAGCUGACCGCCCAGGCCAAGCGCGACUAUACCGAGCGUCGCAAUGGCCUGGCCGUGCUAAAGAACAGCCGCAAGGCGGCGGGACGCCUGAAGGAUAAUCUAAAGAAACUGGAGGAUCUGCUGCGCACACACAAACUGGUGCACUCCGAGUGGCAGGAUGGGGCACAGGUGCUGCUGCUCUUCGACAAUGGCAUCAUUGCGCACAUCUGUGUCGACAUCUAUACGGGCGACAUAUUGCGCAUGGUCUUUGAAAAGUAUCUGGUUGGCAAACUGGCCGCCGAGCUCAUUACCGAUGCAUUUUUUACACGUUCCCACAUCGUCUUGGCCUACAAUACCAACCAGCUGACGGUGGUGCAUUUGCAGCGGCCCAACCUGCGACCGCUGGGGCCGGAGAAGAUUGCCAACAUGGAGCCGCGUAUAUUUCAUGUUAUCAUACCGGGUGCAGCAUUCGAGCGUAAACUGGCACGCCAUUUAACUGUAAAUGGCAGCUUUGAUCUGUUUGUGGUCUGGACACAAUCCUCACAGAACGAGGUCUAUCCCUGGCGACCCACCAUACGCGAUCAGGAUCGUGCCAACAUACACAUCUUCAAGAUCAAAGCCUUGCAGCUGGAAUCGAUUGCCUAUUGCUGGUCGGAGAACGAUCCGUUGUGCGUGGACUUUUUGCGCAGCUCGGAGAAUCAGAUCAUCACGCUGGAACAGAAGGUCUCGCGCAAGGGCGACAUCAGCGCAGAGAUUUGCUCCUAUGAGCUGGCCACGGGCAAAAUGCAGCGCACCGCAAUUACCUCCAUUGCCAUGGGCACGCAGAUCUGUUGCUUCGCGUUCAGUCCCGAUCAGGAGAAGCUCUUUUUGGGCAGCAUCGAUCGCAACAUUUGCCUGCACGAUCUGGUGCUGCAGACAACCAAAUAUGUUAAUCAAAUCGAGAUUGUGCCCACCCAAUGCGCCUGGCACUGCGACUCGGCGCUGCUGUGCGUCGCCAAUGAGCGCUCGGUGCUGCAGUGCUUCGAUCUGGCGCUGGCGCCUAUUGGCAAUCAGCUGCUGAGCGAGAGCGUCACGCCGCUGAGUCUGCUGGAUUUGUCGCACUACUUUGCCGCACAGCCGACGCUGCUGAGCAUUGCCUUCAGCCGGAAGCCGGAUCUGAGCAGCUUCUCGCACAAUUACGCUCAAACGGAUUGCCUGCUGCUGCUGCUGUACGAGCAGGGACCAUUGGCCUGCAUGCGCAUCUUUGGCGGCGCCGGCAUGCGUGGCGAUAUACACAACUCCGGCUUGACGGCCGACGUUAUUGCGGACAAGUAUUUGCGCUUGCAGCAGCCAGAGCGUGCGGUCAAUGUGCUGGCAGCGCUCAACUGGGAGACCUAUGGCGCCAUGUGCCUCAUCACGCUGCACAAGAUCGCCAACUAUAUAUUCUUUGCGGCGGAUCAGCGACGUGCUCGAUGCGAUCUAAUGGCCAGGGCUUUGAAAACCUUUGCGCACACGCUCUCCGAGGAUACCAAGGACGAGUUUAGCGAUCAGGUUUACGAUCUUAAGCGACGCUUUUGCUUCUUUCUGCUGCGCAAAAAUCUCUUCAACGAAGCCUUCGAGAUUGCCCAUGACAUUGCGGAUUACGAUCUGUUUAUGGACCUCUACAAUUUGACCAAAUGCAUUGGCAGCUUGAGCGAAUUUGCUCAGGCCGCAUUUAGUCAAGCCGCCGCCAUCAUCCAUGGCGAGCAUCAUGCCGAUGGCAAUCUCAGCCUGACCUUAGCCAGCGAACUGCGCCCCGAUUCCGCCUGCUCGCAGUCCAGCUACUCGACGCCCAGCCAGCAGGCGCUGAAAAACUAUGUGCCACCCUUGCCCUCAUUCAAGUCCAAAAUAUUCAAUGCCGAAAUGAUUAAGAUUAACAUACCCAAGCCGGAGCUGCGGCCUCCGUUGCCGGAGCUGCGAACAACCAAGCUGAGUAGCGCCUCCACGACAACCUCGCUGGUGGCGCUGGCCCAGAAAAGUGGCAGCCAGGCACCUGUUAAGCAUACAAAUUCAAAUGUUCCUUUUGCAGGCAAUGGCUGGUCACAGGAUGUGCCGGAUCAGACAGUGGGCCUGCCUCUGCCCAGCAGUCCGGUGGCACGUCUGCAGCCGGCAGCCUUUGUGGAGCAAGGCCCGCAGAUGGCACCAGCUCUGUCGCAUCAGCCCAAGUUCUAUCAGCAUCCACUUGUCUCGGGCAACAUACCUGCCAUGCUGCCAGCACUCGGCAAUGAGGAUUAUCAAAAGCGUUUGCUGCUCAAAAAGCCCACCGCUUCCAUACUCUCGAAUGCUGCAGCAGCGCCGCUCAAUGGAGAGACGCCUGCGACGCCCAGCGUCAAAGCCGCGCCAGCCGAAAAGAAUAAGGUCAAAUUCUCGGACACCAUACAGGUGGCUGUGGUGCCGGAAAUUCCGCGCAAAGAGAAGCCCAUGCCGCCCAAGCGUAAUGGCUAUUCCCGACCAGCAGCGCGUCAUUUGACCAAUCCCCGAAAGGAACUAGCUGAUAGUUUGCCGCUUUGCCAUCCGAACGAUGAGUACUUAAAGGAUUUCAAUCCCAUAACAACUAAUGUUAGCAAGCCGCCAACGCGUCGCAGGGAGGAGGAGGCGGCGGCGGCGUCCAGCAACAAAACAACGCCCAGCUCAUCGUCCUCCAUCAAAGUGGUGCACUUUGGCGUUGUCUAAGAGUUUAUAUCAUAGUGCAAUCA